UGACGAGCAACCGGGUCGACAAUGCGACGUCGCCCGUCCAAGAAGGCUCAUGUUCCUCGGCGCAAUCGCGCGCGCCAUGCUGUCGUGAUGGUGCUGGGUGAUGUGGGUCGCAGUCCGCGCAUGCAAUACCACGCACUAUCGCUGGCCCGCAUGUCCCCAAGCCAGCGUGUGACCCUCUUGGGCUACGCGGGUGAGAACUGCGUGCCCGAUGUAGCUCGUCAGAGCAACAUCGAGCUACUGACCUUCACUCCACACUUGCAACGCCUUCCGCGCAAACUGUUCCUCUUGCUGGCGCCCGUGAAGGUCUUGCUUCAACUGCUACAGUUGCUCUGGCUGCUGCUCGUCUCGGCCGGCAGCAUUGACCUCGUUCUGCUGCAGAAUCCGCCGACAAUCCCGACGUUCGUGGUGGUGUGGCUCUGCUGCCGACUAAAAGGCGCCAAGUUCGUGAUCGACUGGCAUAAUCUGGGCUACAGUUUACUGGCGUUAUCUCUUAGCAAUGGACAUCCAUUGGUCAAGAUUGCCAAGUGGAUCGAGCGCGUGUUCGACAUGGCUGAGAGACACGUGGCAGAUUGA